UCAUUACCUCCUAUCUGACGCGUUGCUAGCGUCUAUCAUUGUCUCUCUUUGUGGCGGCUGCUGCUACGACUUUUAUUGUUUUAAAUUGAUUUAAUUGUAUUUACGCUGUGCGACGGGGAGGAAGCGGCAAUAGUGACAAAAGCGACUUCCUAUUUAGUAGAAGACUCUAAGUUGGAAGCCCCGUUAUACUCGACAUAAUCCAAGUCCCCAUCAGUUUUAUUCAGGCCUCUGGAGGCGUCUGCGUGUGUGAUAAGAAUCGCUGAUCGAAAGAAUUGUGAUCGUAAAGGUGUAGAAACCGCGUGACAAAACCGCUGGGAGGUGCUCCAAGUCCAACGCCCCCUCAAGGGCAAUCGGUGAACGACGACCCUGACAACGAUCAUUGAUCAUCAUGUCCGACCAGUGUGCCGCGUACGUGGACGGAGCCUCUCUCACCUAUGGAACCGGAAACGAGCUGGAUUCGGGAUCCUCCGUCGCCUGUAAGCCCACUCUGCGGGAGUUCAAUGUGCGACUGGAGGUUCCUUUGGCUGCCGAAGAGCGUCUGGGACUUACCGGCGAUGUAAAAGCCCUCGGUGAGUGGCAGCUGUCUAGAAGUGUGGCCCUGGAAUCCCUAGAUGAGCUCAACUGGCAGGCCACGGUGCCCCUUCAAUCUUGCCGCCAACUGGAGUAUCGCUACUUCGUCUACGUGGAGGAUCUAUCUGGCUACAAGCAGAUCCGUAGAUGGGAGACUCACUUCAAGCCCAGAUCCCUAGGACCUUGCUCGGAGCUUCAGUGCAGUCAGUUGGACGUUUUCGGAAUCACCUCGGACAAUUCCGAUCUGAAGCCACAGGUGCAUCGCGGCUGGCUCAACCAUGAAGUGAUAGUGCAGCUUAAAUUCAACGGAGAGAAAAUGUUUCAGGUGCACGACAUAGAGACCUUUGAUCCCCAGCAUGUCCAGCUGAAGAUUGUGCCCGUGGAGCUAACCGCUGGACUCCAUGUGGAAUAUUCUAAGCAGGAGUACGGCAAGAGUCAGCUGGAGCAGCAGCCCACUUUCGGAGUACCCUACACUAAGGGGGACAUUAUCAUUUUCCACAUCACGCUGCCGCUCGAGAAGAUGAUGCAGCAGCACUUCCGCUUGGAGUGUUACAGUAUGUCAAACGAGCUUCUUGGCAGCGCAAAUCUGGCCAGCUCGGAUGUGAUUGGCAGCGAGGGAUUGCUGCACCUACCCAUCAAGUCGGCCAAGGAUGCCGAAGAAACCCUGGCCAGGUUGAGGCUGCCGUAUGUAACAGUGCAGCCUUAUCGCUACUCGCCGCUGGACUUCAAGAACACCUAUGCUCACUACUGGCCCAAGAGCUGGCCCAAUCUGGAUGUGGGUCAUCGUGGAAACGGCAAGAGUUACAUUGCAAAUGCCCCUGCUGAGAGGGAGAACACCAUCGCCUCUUUCCUGAGUGCCCAUGAGCAUCAUGCAGACAUGAUCGAGUUGGAUGUCCACUUGACUGCCGAUGGUGUGCCUGUGAUUUAUCACGAUUUCGGACUGCGAACUGCUCCUCCUGGCAAGCAAAUAAGCCGACCAGAUCAACUAGAGUACGUGCUGAUUAAGGACAUCAACUACAGCCUGCUUAAGAGGCUGCGCAUCUUCUCUGUGAUCGCCGGUCAGGUGGUUGAGUAUCCUUCGCAUAACGCCGAACCCAGGACCGAACAUCGCAUCUUCCCAACGCUGGUGGAGGUGCUUGAGCAGCUGCCCAAGUCCCUGGGUAUCGAUGUGGAGAUCAAGUGGCCACAGCGUCGCCAAGGCGGAGGAUCAGAGGCUGAGCAAACCAUUGACAAGAACUUCUUUGCCGACAAGGUACUCCAUCAGGUGAUCCAAAAGGGCUGCGGCAGACCUAUAAUCUUCUCCAGCUUCGAUGCUGACAUGUGUACGAUGCUGAGGUUCAAGCAGAAUAUUUUCCCGGUGAUGUUCCUCACUCAGGGAGAGACCAAAAAGUGGCAGCCGUUCCUGGAUCUGCGAACACGGAACUUCAUUGCUGCCGUGAAUAAUGCUCAAGCUUUCGAGUUGGCUGGAACAGCUCCGCAUGCAGAGGACUUCCUGGGCGAAAAUGCCCCGGAAAUGCUACAAAAAGCCAAGGACUUGGGGCAGAUAGCCGUGAUCUGGGGCGACGAUUGCAACUCCAAGGAGCGCGUGCAGUAUUUCACCCGGAUCGGGGCCACAGCCACUUGCUACGAUCGCAGUGAUCUCUUCAUGCCGGAGGGCAAACAGGAAGCGUUCUUCAAAUCACCCGCACUUAUGGCCGAAUUCGCGGCCCAAUGCCGGGUCUAAAGAAAUAGGGUUACUAAAAUGAAACGGGCGGGUAAAUCUAAGCAAUGGUUAAUCAUUAGGCUUUAUAAGUUAGUAUGUAUAUUUAUUUAAACACUAACUGGGAAAGAGAAAUGUGAGAAGCUUUAAAGAAGUUGGGUAAUUUGCAGUUUCUCGUUGCCCAACGGAAACAUCGAAACGGAGACCCAUAAAUAAAUCAUCUCUACACACGUUAAGCUGUCAUUUGGCAUAAUUACACAUGCAAAAUAGGAAUUCCCCCAAAAUUAAGUAGCACCACAAAAGACAAUGUGAAGAAAGCGAAGAGCCGCGAACUACAAAUACACCUACAUUACCUGCUAAAAAAUCUAUCUAUACCUCAAUGCUAACUUACAAAAAAAAGAGAUCGCUAAUGAGCUUUUGUUAAUCAAAUUGUAACCACCAAAAUACUAUUUUAGUCUAAAGGGGUAUAUUUAAUCCACGCGUUGAUCCAAUAUCGACGGAUGUGUUUGUGACUUGUGGAAGAAACUAUUUUAUGUAAAUUAGAAAAAUAUUUUAUUGAACUGUUGUAAAACUAAUUCGCGUGUGUUUAUACAUUUUUAAAAUGUCCGAUAUGCUUAUAUCACUUGUAUAAACGUAAAGAUAAAAGAAAUAUAUUUCAAGAUGUCGCUUACACUUUUCCAACUCCAAAAAAGCAAUUAUAUAUUUUUAUCAAUAUGAUGCCUCACUUUUACGAUAAACACAAAACAAAAACCAAAAGUGAUUGAUAAUAUCGUGUAUAAAUAAAAUCACAACAAAUAUUUUCAUAAUAUUUUCAAAAGCAACUCAA